AUGAGAGCUCUUGAGAACCUCGCUGUCGCCUCUACACAGGCGCUGACCAUGCUUCUCGCACUGCCUUUGGCUGUCUUACCCUCCUUGGCCGCUGCAUCCCAAGGCAAGUACGUCCCCAACAAACCCACCUUAAUAUUGACCGUCACUAAACUGGGCUGCGAGGAAAUAGAGCUCCUGCCAUGGGCACUGGAACCGUUGCCGUUGGGCUCCAUCAAGCCGGGCGGGUGGCUUCUGGCGGAGAUGGAGACGCUCGCCAGCGGCCUGGCCGGCCACCAGCAUGACUUCUACGUGUUUGUCAAUGAGUCGUCGUGGCUCGAUCCCGAGGGCCAAGGAACAGAGUAUAGCAACCUGAACGAGGCCUUACCAUACUGGUUCAACGGCCUUGUGCCGCUGGCAUAUGCACUGGAGGAUGAGCGCCUGAAGGGCCAAGUGCACGUCGUCGCAGAUACCGUGCUCAGUUUGCAAUCCACAGACGGUUGGAUCGGCCCGGAGUCGAUGGAAGACAGGAACUUCUGGGCCCGAAUGCCCCUGUUCCUCGGGCUAAUCAGUCUGGCUGAGGUCAACCCGCUUGACUACCAGGACAAGGUCGUCUCAGGGUUGCGCAGCUUCAUGUUGUUGACGAAUUCUAUGCUCCGUAAUGACAGCCAAGGAUUCGUCAACUGCGCAUCGGCCGUCGACUGCAGAUGGGGCCAAGUCCGUGUGCACGACAUGAUGAUUACGAUCCAGUGGCUUCUCGAGAAACAUCCAAACAAGGCUCAAGACGACCUUCUGUGGGAGAACAUGGAGAUGUUCUACAACCAGACAACCUUCAAGUGGGACGCCUACUUCACUCCAGGGACGUACCUUAAGGUCGUUACAGACCCGACUCCUGGAAACCCCAUGUUUCCGUACCUCCACGGUGUCAACGUAGGCCAGGGGCUGAAGCAGGCCGCAGUGGUGCGGCGCUUCAACAAGAACGACUCGCUGGUCGAGACGGCCUACGACGGCGUCAAUUGGACCUUUACGUACCACGGCUCACCGUCGGGAAGCAUCUUGGCCGAUGAAGUCCAGCGUGAUCUCGCCCCAUACUCGGGAAGUGAGCUCUGUACGGCUGUAGAGACGGGCUACUCGCUGGCUUAUCUCUACCAGGCCCUGGGGUCCUCCUAUUACGCCGACCGGGCGGAGCUCGUCUCACUCAAUGCCCUCCCCGUCAUGAUGCACCCGGAUGGCUGGGGCCACCAGUACAUGGCGCAGCCCAACCAGCCGUGGACUAACAACACCGCCGACCUCAAUAACCCGAUCGGUCCGCCCGUAUUCACCACUUCUUCCACCAAUGUCGCAACACGGUUUGGACUUGAGCCCAUCUACCCAUGUUGCACAGUCAACCACCCACAGGGUUGGCCAAAGUUCCUCUCCAACAGCUGGGUCCUUGUGAACGGCAGUGGUAUCGCACAUGCGCUCCUAUCUCCGUCCUCAGUCUCCACAACUCUGCCGUCCAAUGGCAUCAGCGUAGACAUAAGUGUCGACACGGGCUACCCGUUCACCAACUCGUCGGUCUACACCAUCCAGUCCUCGGACCCGUUCCCGCUGUACCUACGCGUACCGGCAUGGGCCGACACGCAGACUACCGAGAUCGUCGUAGAAGCCGACAGCAGCACGACGUCUUCCACCCCGGCGCCCGACCCAGUCUCUAGGCUCCACCGCGUGGACCUGCCCGCCGGGCGCUCGACCGUGACUUACACCCUCGCCGCCGGCGUGCGCACCGAGCCGCGCGGGAACGGCGCGGUCUCGGUCUACGUCGGCAACCUCCUGUACGCCCUUGACCUCGGCUCCAUCGAGCACAGCUCCCUGCCACACGACUACCGCGUGCCCGCGGGCCCGGGCAUGGACUGGAUCCCCUUCCCGCAGUCGCGGGAUUGGUACAUCAGCAACGCGAAGCCGUGGAACGUCGCUAUCGACACCAGCACGCUGUCGUACACGCCGCCGGCCGACGCGGCCACGGUCGGGUUUGGCAGCUACGCGGAGGGCCAGGGCGGCAUCAUCACCGCGAGGGGGUGCCAGAUCGAGUGGGGCCUGUUCCAGAACUCGACGCCCGAUGUGGUUCCCGCCCCGGGCGCACAAUCCAGGAAGUGCAUCGAUGGCACGGUCGGGGACUAUACCCUGAUUCCGUAUGGCAAGGCUAAGGUGCACAUGAGCGAGUUGCCGACGGUGUCGUUGGCGGCCGCAGAUGAUGGCGACGUGGUCAAGGUUCUGAGGACUCAGGGGUAA